GAAAACGAAACUGAAUCCUAUCAGUGUUCGUGGUAAAAUGGCAGAAGCAAGUGUUGUAGUGGAUCAGAACCAGUUCAGCUGUUCAAUCUGUCUGGAUCUACUGAAGGAUCCAGUGACUACUUCCUGUGGACACAAUUACUGUAUGAGAUGCAUUAAGAGAUGCUGGGAUCGGGAGGAUCAUGUUGGAGUUUACAGCUGCCCCCAGUGCAGAGAGACCUUCACAUCCAGACCUGUUCUGGGCAGAAACACCAUGCUGGCUGAAGUGGUGGAGAACCUGAAGAAGACUGAAACUGCAGAUGUGGAGUGUGGUGCCUGUACUGGGAGAAAACACAAAGCUGUCAAGUCCUGCCUGGUGUGUCUGGACUCUUACUGUGAAACUCACCUCCAGCUUCACAACAAACUCCACCACACAAAACAGCACAAGCUCAUUGAUGCCAUCAGCCAUCUGAAGGACAAGGUCUGUUCCCACCAUGACAAACGCCUGGAGAUCUACUGCCGUACCGACCAGCAGUGUAUCUGUUAUCUCUGCACGAUGGAUGAACACAGAGGCCAUGAUACAGUCUCAGCUGCUGCAGGAAGGGAGGAGAUACAGACACAAAUGGGAGAAAAACAGAGGGAAUUUCAGCAGGGAAUUCAGACGAGAGAGAAGGAGCUGCAGGAGCUGAGAGAGGCUGUGGGCUCAUUCACAAGCUCAGCACAGUCAGCAGUGAAGGACAGCAAGAAGAUCUUCCUUGAGAUGAUCCGCUCCAUUAAGAAAAGACGUUCUGAUGUGAAAGAGCUGAUCAGAGAUCAGGAGAAGGCUGUAGUGAGUCUGGCUGAAGGACACAUGGAGAGACUGGAGCAGGAGAUUGAUGAACUGAAGAGGAGACACUCUGAGAUGGAGCAGCUUUCACACACAGAGGAUCACAUCCAUUUCCUCCAGAGGUGCCAGGAUGUUCCUGUCACCCCUGAAGCUGGAUUUGGACCCAGAAUAUCAGUCAGUUCACAAAGCUGUUUUGGGAAUGUGAGGAAGGUCAUUUCUGAACUGAAGGAUCAACUGGAGAAUGUUUGCGAAAAAAAAACAGCAGAGAUCCAUCACACAGUUACCAAAGACACCAUCCCACCAGUAUCUGUGCCCACGACCAGAUCAGAAUUCUUACAAUCUACUGAAGUGACCAUGUCACCUGUAUCUGUGCCCAGGACCACAGCAGGAUUCUUACAAUCUACUGAAGUGACCAUGUCACCUGUAUCUGUGCCCAGGACCACAGCAGGAUUCUUACAAUCUACUAAAGUGAGCAUGUCACCAGUAUCCGUGCCCAGGACCACAGCAGGAUUCUUACCAUUUACUAAAGUGACCAUGUCACCUGUAUCUGUGCCCAGGACAACAGCAGGAUUCUUACCAUCGACUAAAGUGACCAUGUCACCUGUAUCUGUGCCCAGGACCACAGCAGGAUUCUUACAAUCUACUAAAGUGACCAUGUCACCUGUAUCUGUGCCCAGGACAACAGCAGGAUUCUUACCAUCGACUAAAGUGACCAUGUCACCUGUAUCUGUGCCCAGGACCACAGCAGGAUUCUUACAAUCUACUAAAGUGACCAUGUCACCUGUAUCUGUGCCCAGGACAACAGCAGGAUUCUUACCAUCUACUGAAGUGACCAUGUCACCUGUAUCUGUGCCCAGGACCACAGCAGGAUUCUUACAAUCUACUAAAGUGACCAUGUCACCUGUAUCUGUGCCCAGGACCACAGCAGGAUUCUUACAAUCUACUAAAGUGACCAUGUCACCUGUAUCUGUGCCCAGGACCACAGCAGGAUUCUUACCAUUUACUAAAGUGACCAUGUCACCUGUAUCUGUGCCCAGGACAACAGCAGGAUUCUUACCAUCUACUAAAGUGACCAUGUCACCUGUAUCUGUGCCCAGGACCACAGCAGGAUUCUUACAAUCUACUAAAGUGACCAUGUCACCUGUAUCUGUGCCCAGGACCACAGCAGGAUUCUUACAAUACUCCUGCCAGCUGACAUUGGACCCCAACACAGCACACAGAUGCCUGUCUCUGUCAGAGGGGAACAGGAAGGUGACAUGGGGGGCAGAGCAGCCAUAUCCUGAUCAUCCAGAGAGAUUUGACUGGUGGGACCAAAUUCUGUGCAAAAAGAGUUUUACUAGUCACGCUUACUGGGAGGCUGAGUGGAGUGGAGGUGGAGCUGAAAUAGGAGUGACUUAUAAAGGAAUCGGGAGGAAAGGAUGGAGUGAUGACUGUCGGCUUGGAAUGAAUGACAAGUCAUGGAUGCUGAGCUGCUCUCCUUGCCGUUACUCUGUCUGGCACAAUAAUAAAGAGACUGACAUACCCAUAAAGCCCUCAGACUCCCGCAGAGUAGGAGUGUAUCUAGACUGGAUGGCUGAUACUCUGUCCUUCUACAGAGUCUCCUCUGAAGGACUGACCCUCCUGUACAGCUUCACCGCCUCAUUCACUGAUCCCCUCUGCCCAGCGUUUUGGGUUUAUUAUACAAAAUCCUCCGUGUCGCUGUGCAUGCUGGGAUAGCUCACUGUGUGCUGGAGGAAUCAUUUUUACCUUAUCAGAGUGUCUCAUGUUGCUACUUUUCCACGGCAAAAGCUAAAAUCUAUGCUUUUUAACCAGUAUAACCUUUUUUACUCUGUAAGUUUAAUGCAUGUUAGGCAAAAAAAAAUAACUGGGUUCAGCAAGCUGAACAGACAUGUAAAAUGACUGUUUUUCUCUCUAAUUAAAAUGUCAUGAAACGUGAUCCUCAUGGGGAGUGGCGGCUUUUCCCCUCCCCUGUAUAAGUACAUUUUAUAUAUUUCUGUUUACAUUUGUGCUCUGUCAUAUUUGCUACCUGUACACUGACAAUAAAGGCUUCCUAUUCUA